AUUGGCUGGAAAAAGAAAAAUGUAGAAAUUUCAUUGCGGAAAUAAAAUAUCCCAUUAUAAAACCAGAAUAAUGGUUAAUGAAACGAUUGACGUAAAUAAAGACGAUGAUGUAAGAGACGUUUAAUUAAAUUUGUCAAAAUUCUAUAAAUAGGUGAUUUUUCCUGUGCCACAGUUCCACAGUUGAUGAAAAAUAUGGCACUAAAAUCCUGGAAGUGAUCAAUAGUCAUCUUUCAGAGUGCCUGCGCGUUUGGCUUUUAUGAAAAUUGAAUAUAAUUCUCAGGAAAGUCAUGCCUAUUAUUCGAAAAUGAUUUGUUUUCGGUUUUAUUUCAGUUCCUGAAAUGAGUGCUCAGUGUAGUUGUAGUGAAAAUAUAUUGAAUACCCAACAUGUACUACUUAAAAAUAGUAGUUUAUUUUUGAGCAAAUGCAAGUGAAUUUAUCUUGGAGCUAGUCCUUCUCUUAAUUAGAAUUUAGAAUUUAGUUGUAAUUAUGGAUUCAACAACAAUACCUGUUUUACUAGUCACAGCAAAUGUUGGAUCAAUAUUUGAAGAUCCAACUGAAAUGCUUAAAAUGUGGACUGAAGAAUUCCUUUCUACAGUAUCAAAACUGGAUCCUAAAUUCAUAGCUUUACAUUGCCAAGAAGUAGGAGGAAAGAAUUAUGAACUCAGUAUGAAACAUGUAGAACAUUUUGUCAAAUUACUGAUGGCAAGUAAUGAAUUACGCUUAUUUGAUAAAAUCAGGGUAUUCCUAGAUGAAGAUUACAGUUCUGCUGAACAUUUCACAGCUUUGGGAAAUUUAUAUUUUGUACACCAUUCCUUAGAAAAUAUUUUGAUAUGGGAUUUCAAAAAUUCAGUUUUCCUUCCAGUGCAGGGUAAGGAAAUUCACUCUGGCAACAUUGAGGCUGUCAUUACCAAAGAAAAAGCCAAGUUUCCACAAGACUUUUUUCCAGAAUGCAAAUGGUCUAGGAAAGGAUUCAUGCGCACUAGAUGGUCUUUGAAUGGUAGUGUGGUUGACUUGGUGAAUAUCCAUUUAUUCCAUGAUGCUUCCAAUUUCAUUGCAAUGGAAAAGUAUCCUUCUGUGUAUUGCAAAAACAGAAGACGAGCUUUACAGCAUACUCUGCAGAGAUUCCACAAUGACAUCUAUGGUAGGGCACCAUAUAUUCUAUUUGGAGACUUCAAUUUUCGCCCUGAUACUGAUGGAGUUGUGAAGAAAUUGACUAGUGGACUGAAAACUACAAGGAUUCAAAACAAUAAGAAUAAUGAAUAUAGUAAAAUCCAGUUUAGCACUGAGGAUAGCCAAUUGGUAUUGACUGUUGGAAAGAAAGAAUUCAACCAUUUGGAUCACCAGACAGUUUUCUUGAAUGGGAUGGAAUGGCUAAAGUCGUUCGACAAGGAGCUGGAGGCUUUCGAAGACACCCUCACCGAGUACCCCGUGACCUUCUGCCCGUCCUACCCGUUCGAAGAGAAGGUCUCGCACCCGACCAGCUACAUGCCGACGAGGUGCCCCGGCUGGUGCGACAGGGUGCUGCUCAGCAAGCAGGCCGAGCAGCUGGUAGCGGAGGACCGCAAGGUGGACUACGGCUUGAUGGGGGUCGGCGCGUGUAUGGGGGACCACAAGCCGGUAUACCUGAGGCUGGACCUGAAGCAGAACGCAGGUACCCUAGUUUGUUGUGAUCACGCACCUUUCGCUUGCUUGCCUGAAAAAUGCCAGUGUUGCCACACGUUCGCUUCCGUCGAAAUAAACGUCAUAGACAUGAGCGACUGCAAAACCAACUUCUCGGACGCAUCACCCAUCGAUGCGAAACUGUUGCACGAACCCAUAACCAGGGAGAUGCUAACGCACGACCCUUACACCCCUGAAAGCGUAGAUUCGCACUUGCACUCGCCCGUUCCCGAGUUGACCCGCGCCCCAGGGCAGGAAAAAGAAGAAGAAGAAGAGGAGGCGCGAAGGGGCUCGGUGUCGCCUGCGCAGCUCAAAAGCCGGCUAGAGGGUGUGUUGCGCGAGCUUGACCCACCCAAAGCGAUGAAACGGUCCACGUCGGAGAAGGUGGUCUUGGCGGGGUCUGAGGGCGGCUUUUUCAGGGACAGGGCGUUGUCCGAGGUGCCCAAGGGCGUCCACGCGAAGCUUAUCUCGACCGACAGCGUGGGCUCAUUGCACAGGUUGCAGAGCCACCACAGCUCAUCUGACGAAGACUGGUUCGAGUUUGAGGAGUCUGAAACAAAAUGCAUCGACUGUUCGCAGGAGAUUGUCAAGGAGGGUGUGACGGAUGUUGCUGUUUAUAAGGGGAAGGUGGAGAAAAAGAAGAAUAAGAGGAAGAAAAAGCACUGUAGGCUUUGCGAUGAGUUGAAGUGUUGCAGUUGCGCUAUUGUAUAGUAAGAUUCUCACUCGCACCUCUAGUGACAGAAUCUGAAGCAUUCUGAGAACGACACUUUUGUCAGCUGUCGAGCGAGAAUUUGGUGCUACUUUUUAUUCCGUCUCACUACAAGCAAUGACGUAGUAUGACUGUUGGCAGUUGUCAAAAAAUGGAAUUAGAUUGACGAAAAAUGAAACUGUUUCAAAGUGGAAGAUAGUAAAUUUAGUAGAGAUUUUUAUCGUAAGGUUCACGAGUUUAUGAUUCUUUCAAGUAAGACCGGUUUCAUAUCUUCAUUCCCAGAUAAAAUUAAUUCUAUGGAUCUCAGAGAGAUUUCUCCAAGCACCACAAUCACUGCACCAAAUAUGCGUUGCUUCAUUUAAUUCAUUUUCUUGAUUUUUGAAUCUAGUAUUAUGAUAUUGAAAUUAUUCGGAGCCCGAAUAUAUAAAUAUGUCCAUUUUCUCAUGCGAGGUCAUGACAUUCCGCGUUUUAUUUGUAAGCGUCAUUCUGUUCCCGCCGCCGUUACCAGAAAUAAACAAAUAAAACACAAAUAUGUUUUGCGAUGUAACUUUCAUUAGUUGUGUCAAUGGAGCACUGUUAGUGACGUCAUAUGACGUAAAAUUGUCGGCUAUUGAUCAGCUGAUGGGGAGACAAGCAUAAACAUUUUCCGUAAGGCUACAUGCAACUUUCUUGCACAUUUCCCGGUAUAAUACAAUACCUGGCGCAUUUAUUUAUUGACAUGUUUAUUAAUUCAUGCAUUGUGAAUACUGUGAGAAAAGUGAAUGAGUUCAAUGAAGAGUUCUAAUUGGUUUAUUUGUCCAUUUAAAAUUAUUGGAAUCACUUGAAGUUUAGUGAUUAUACACUCAGUUUACAACAACGUAUACACAUUUUUCUCCCAGAGCAACAAAAUCACCAAAGGUUCAGAGAGCAUAAUAUCAUAAUUCACACAAAGCUAUGUUUGUAACUAUUAUUGACAUCAUAUAGGUUGAUGGAUUGAUGAUGAAUCAAUUUCUGACUGAAAUUAGCAA